AUGGCUUUUCGACUUUGGACUCAUGAGGGCCAUGAGCAUUCUCGUGCAAAGCGUGCUAUUCCGAACACGAUUUUCACGACGGAACUGGGCGUGUUCGUUGACGCAGCGACUUUCACAUCGCUGCAGUCAAACUACCACGCCAUCAGCCCUGAAGACAAGGUCUACAUGAUUGGGAUUAGACUUAACGCGGCGCAAGCACUGUUCAACUACAUGCAACAAGAUCUUGGCUACACGGCAAAAAUGCAGGUCAAGAGCGUCGAGUUGUGGGAGACUAAUCCAGCGUGGUAUGUCCUCACGCCUGACAGCAUCACUGAGACGCGUUCCUCGUUCUGCACCGGAACCAAAGACCGAAACGAUUUACUUGCAGUCGACUACAACAUUCUCUUUGCUGGAGGUAAUGACAUGAUAGGGUUUGGCUCAAUUUCGGGCCAGUGUGUAAAAGGGGCAUGCGCCGUUGACUUCGACUUGAACUUCUAUUCUGGCUAUAUCACUGCACACGAGCUGGGGCACUCGCUGGGUAUGCACCACGACGCCGAUAAAGGCUGCUUCAGGCCGGAUUCGGGCAUAAUGGAGGCCGAUGGGAAUUAUGCCGAUAAAUGGGCCUCCUGCAACAAGGUGGACUUGGAGGCUUUCCUUGCUACAUCAACUGCCGCGUGUCUGUUCGUAGAGAAUGUGUUGAGCAACCAAGUGGAUGUUCUCCUACAAAACGUACAGCUUAUUGGUCUUUUGCCAGGGUUUCAGAUGACCCAAGACGAAUACUGUGAGAAGAAGUACGGAACCAACUGGAUAUAUAGAGAAUGGCACUCAAACGACUGGGGUGUUUGCAAAUGGCAUAGUUGUCUGAAUCUAAACUCGGGUCUGGCCUUCGGCGAGCUGAGCGAAGACACAAGCGAUAUCCCGGGGCGGAUCUGUAGCGAGGGUCACGUGUGCUCGGGCGGCUGUGUCACGUGGGAUAGCGUUCGACUGAACACGACGGGAAUGACGGUUGUCCCCGGGGGGUGGAGCGAGUGGGGAGCGGCGACCGCCUGCUCUAGAUCGUGUGAUACCGGAACAAUCAUCCGACGGCGUACGUGUACAAAUCCUCGGCCGCAGUAUUCACCUACGUGCCCGGGAUUAUCUUUCAAGGCAACAUUGUGUAACACAGAGCCUUGUUCUUCUGACCCCUCGACCAAAAGCGAACUGAUAGUCAAAAGGGCUGGGGAAGUGUGUUCGAAUCUUAUUACCGCCGGUCGCCUGGGCGCGGACAAAUACACAGGCACAGGGAAAGCUUUUGUGUCUUCGGGGAAUGCUCAGUGCGAAGCGGAGUGCACUCUGGUUCCCGCUUUACAAGGGUCGAUCACCUGGGGCACCGUGCGUUACGCCAUACUUCCGGACGGCACACCCUGCUCUGGGGCCGGAUCCUACGAAGACAUUAAAGGAUACCCACGUGGGACUGGGAUCACAUCGACGUGUGUUCAGGGAUAUUGCUUAGGUAUUGGUUGUGAUGGCAACGUCCCCGGGGCAGGCAUAGACAAGUGCGGUGUGUGUCAGGGUACAAACUCCACAUGCACGAGUGUGGACGACAAAUUUUCCUCGGCAGUGGGAACCAAUGAUCGCGUAGAGCUCGCACAUCUUCCCAACGGCACCAAACUGAUACUGGUGUACUUUCCCUACCCCAACAUGCAAUCCUACUACGUCGAACUGUGGGACGCCAAAGGAGCUGCAAAGAUUUCUGCCCUAGUGAACGGCCAGUAUGACCUUUCCAAGACUCCUGUGACGGUGGGCGGGGCGCAGUGGUAUUACUACUGGUGGGGUCAAUACCUGUACACGUUUGGCACUAUAACGGAGGACCUGUAUCUCAAGAUUGUGAACAAUGGGGCGUCUGUCAAUCAAGGAAUAACAUUUGGGUAUUCUAUGCCGCUAGCGGCCACUGUAACAACCGUAACAACGACGUCAACAUCAACGGCAGCACAAAGUACUACGUCAUCAACGACAGCACAAAGUACCACGUCAUCAACGACAGCACAAAGUACCACGUCAUCAACGACAGCACAAAGUACCACGUCAUCAACGACAGCACAAAGUACCACGCAAUCAACGACAACACCAAGUACUUUGCCAUCAACGACAUCUCCAAGUACAACAUCAUCAACGAUAGCACAAAGUACUACGUCAUCAACGACAACACCAAGUUCUACGCCAUCAACGACAACAACAACGACUACAACCACAACAUCUAGUACAACUUCAAUGCCAGCGUCCACUCUUACUUCUAUUGCUACAAGUUCGGCGACUCCUGUGCCACAACCAACUCUGACAUCAACAACAACGCAAGUAACACCAGCUAUUGUCUCAACUACAACCAGAAAGGUCACAAAGUGA